UGGGGCAUAAAAGUUGUGCGCAUGCAGUGCUGCUGGGGGGCUAUCGGAACACUUGUUUAUAAGUGUUAAAUAAUAUGUUUACACUACUUGGGCCAAAAACUUUCAAAAACGAAAGAUUAAAAAAUGUAUUAUGUGCGCUCACAGCUCGAUAGGCGGAUAAGACAAUUUACCAUGUCAAAUUAUCCUAUGCGCCAAAGUAAACAAUAUUGAUUGUUUACAUUGGCGCAUUGGUUAAUUUGGCAUCGUAAAUUAUCCUACCCGCCACCCAUCUGACAGAAUGCUCAUUGGUAAAUAACGGCUUCUCUCUCCUCUCACGCGCUGGAGGCAUUGAAAUAUUUCAUGCUCUUCAUCAGCUGAUGCCUACACGUUGCGAGAGGGUUGGAAAUACAUUAUUAUUACAAAAGUUUAGUUUUUGUUUAAAUCGAGAUUUAAAUUUUAUUUGAUAAAGUUUUAUGUGCAAUGCCACAUGAAUAUAGUCCAAUGCCAAUGUCUUAUGUGCAAAAAUUGUUCUAUGAAACGUGUCCUAUGUGCACUCACAGGUUGUAUGAACCAAAUUGCGUCAAAACUAAGCGUAAUCUUGUCUUUUAUAUAAUCCCGAGAUGUACACUUGAAAAGCAUUACUCUAGACCCAUUUGGGCGUUUUCAGAAUCGAAAAAUACCCAAACGUGUUUGAAUGGGAUUUAAAAAUGUGCACCAAAACUUUAUCAUCAAAUUUCUCAGAUUGAGGUUUUUGCACAUAGGACCUUUUGAAAAAGUACUCUAGCAUUAAUUUAUUCAAAAAGUUAUUUUAAAUGUGAACGAUCAGAACAUCAAAAUCAUGGCGAAAGAAUCCCUCCAAUUCACCGACCUGGACGAGGACUCGCUGGUGCACAUUUUCUCCUUCCUCAACCUGGAAGAUCUGGACCGUCUGGCCCGCGUUUGCCACCGGUUCUACAUCGUCAUCACGGUACAUCUGUAUUCCCGGCUGAGCGCCCGCCUGCUUCAAACCGGCCACCAGCCGAAAGCCGCCCACUGUCCCAGCCGGAACGUGAUCGAGUUUGACUUUCGGCGACGCAUCAGCUUGUUCGAGAACUGGCGCUAUGGACGGUACGCGGAGAAUCAGUUCUUCCAGCAUAGGAUGUUGUACUUUUCGCAGAUUAUGCUGGAGAAGCGCUGGCUUUACAUGAGUCAUCGUGGGCAGUUGAGGGUACACAAGAGGACUGCGGAGAGGGGGUUGUUGAGGGUGAAGCCGAGUUGGACGGUGGGGGCGGAGAGACAAUCGGAUAUCAAUUGGAUGGUGAAGAAGGGCGAGGUGAUCUUUGCUGGGCGGGCCGAUGGGAGUGGGUUUGUGUACGACUGCCGGAAGCGACGGUACAGCAAGCAGGUGCUGGCGGAUGAUAUCGUGACGGCGGUUGACUUUGAGGGGGAGUUGUUUGUGAGCACGGGUAAGUCGAGUUCGACGUGCUUUUGGACGGGGUUGGUGGAAGAUGGGCAGUAUGCGCUGGAGAGGAAGCUUGAAGUGGCGGACGCGUACCAAACGAUAAAGCUUAGUCCGGACGGAGGGAGCAGGUUGGCGGCGGGGAAGUACCACGAUCGUGCCAAGAGCGCCUUACGGUUGAUAGAUGUGGAAAGAGGUUUCUCAACAGUCCUGAACUCACCGUCCCGUGCCGUUUAUCACCUGCUGUGGAAGGAUUCGUGCACAAUUCUAACGGGAAACUUUGACACAACGAUGCGACUGGUCGACACGCGAACUGCCCAAGACGAAGCGAUCUGGAGUGACCCCUACGACGCGUCCGUUUACUGCCUGGACUAUGACGGAGCUUACGGAGUGCUCUGCGGCAUGAAGCAGCACUUCCGGGUGAACCUGUACGAUCUACGAGCACCCCGCCGCUGCGUCCAGAUGUACUUUUCGCCCCGGAAAACGACCAACUAUUCGCCGGUGUACAGCCUGGCCGCGGAUUCGAGCCAACUGUUCAUCGUGACCGAUCACGAUCUGCGAGUGCUCAAUUUUGACGCCGACCAUGCCGAAAGCAAAGACUUUACGCACGAUCUGGACCGGUGGUUUUAUUGACAUGGUGUCGAUUUCUGGAAAAGUCAGGGAAAACCUGGAAUUGUCAGGGAAUUUUAUUUGACCUGGAAAAGUCAGGGAAAGUCAGGGAAUUUUAUGCUGGGUCAGGGAAUUUCGAUGAUCUUAAAAAUAUUACUACAAAAUUUCAUUUCUAUUUAAAAAAUCGCCUUUGAUGAUGUAUUUGAAAAAAAAAAAAUGCUUAAGAAAAGGGUCACGACGAAAAGCGCGUAAAUUGUUUGCAAUGUUUAGGUUUAAAAAUUAAAUAAUUUGGAUUUGAUUUGGAUUUCCGUUCAACUGAAAAAUACAAAUUACUAGCGCACACAGGGUAGGACAAUAUGAGGCAGUUGCUUUACCAUCCUCAGAGAUUUGUUCUAAAAUUGGUUGUUUGCUUAGCAUGCUUAGGGACCAUAGAGAAAAUCAUACAUUUUGUCAGAAAAAUUGAAUGAUUUAAAAAAAUCCAAAGUUAAAAAAUUCGAACACUUGAAAA